CCCAUAAUGUUUUGACAAUUUGCUUCCUUCAUUUCAACGAAUUUUUUUUAUACAAUUGCCUGCUGUUUAAUUGGGAGAACUGUAGAAAAUUUGAAAAAAAAAACAAAAAAUUGCUACAAUAUGCGCAUCUAAUUAAUCAAAGUGCCACCACACUCAAAAAUCUACCUAGCAUAUACAUAGAAGCAAUCGCCAACAGCUGAUUAAAUGCCGCAUACUGCCUCCAAGCUUUAAACAAAUUUUCCAAAACAUUGAAAACAAAACUUUACUCCAUUUUAAAACAAACCAUUGCUUAAAUUACUUAAACAUCAGAUUAUAUAUUAAUUAGGCAACAAAAUGUCUUCCGGUUUGAAGUGUCGCAAUUGUGGUUCAACCGAUAUCGAAGAGGACAAUGCACGUGGCGAUGCUGUCUGUACGAACUGCGGUUCCGUCCUAGAAGAUUCAUUGAUCGUUUCGGAGAUACAGUUCGAAGAAGUUGGACGUGGUGCAGCGGCAAUCGGGCAGUUUGUGUCCGCGGAGUCUACUGGAGGUGCCACGAAUUAUGGCUAUGGCAAAUUUCAAGUAGGUUCCGGUACGGAGUCGCGUGAAGUUACAAUCAAAAAAGCCAAAAAGGAAAUCACACAUUUGUGUCAGCAAUUGCAAUUAACGCAGCAUUACAUUGAUACAGCAUUGAAUUUCUUCAAAAUGGCAUUGGCACGUCACUUGACGCGUGGCCGCAAGAGUACCCAUAUUUAUGCCGCUUGUGUGUAUAUCACAUGCCGUACGGAGGGCACAUCACAUCUGCUCAUUGACAUCAGCGAUGUCCAACAAAUCUGCUCAUACGAAUUGGGUCGUACUUAUUUAAAGCUAUCAAAUGCCUUGUGCAUUAACAUUCCCUCUGUCGAUCCCUGCUUGUAUAUCAUGCGCUUCGCAAAUAAACUACAGUUUGGCGCUAAGACGCAUGAAGUCUCCAUGACUGCCCUACGCAUUGUCCAACGCAUGAAAAAGGACUCGCUCCACUCUGGUCGGCGACCGACCGGGUUAUGUGGUGCUGCUUUAUUGAUUGCGGCACGCAUGCAUGAAUUCAGUCGUACGAUCAUGGAUAUUGUUGGCAUUGUCAAAAUACAUGAAUCUACCGUACGCAAGCGGUUAAUUGAAUUCGCCGACACUCCCUCCAGCGCGCUCACUCUGGAUGAAUUUAUGUCCGUUGAUCUGGAAGCCGAGCAAGAUCCACCGGCCUUUAAGGCAGCGCGGAAAAAGGAUCGCGACCGUAUCAAAGAUGUGAGUAAUGAUACUUUGGUAUUUAAUUUGAGUUUUAUCGCGGGGACGCUCAGCGCGCCUCCAGCUCCGUGUGCAGCAACGGACGUGGACAUUGAGGCUCCCGAACCGGCGCCGGAACCGGAGAUCUCCGCUGCCUCGGCUGCUCUACUAUGUCGUCUGCUCAAGGGCGAAGUUGAGGUAGCAUUAAUCCAAGAACCUGAUGGUGACAUCGCGACAACGCGAUUUGAGCUAGAGAGCACAUUCAUCGUGCUGGUUUCGCCAUACAUGCCCUAUGACCCCGCUCAUUCAACGGCGCGGAACUUGAUGACCAAAUACGAACACGGCCACAUUUUCUUUGGUAUCGAUGCGAAUGCCCACCAAGUCCAUUGGGGCAGUACAGACAUAUAUUAUCGUGCCUGCCAAAUCGUAAAUUUAAAACACAGCAGCAGCAGCAGCAGCGGCAGCGGCAGUGACAGCGACAGCGACAGCAGCAGUGCGAGCAACAAAGUUUUUGUGCAACGCAAUUGA